UAGUCGCCGUCAGAAUAUUCGUUUCAACUUUCUGCCACCAGCAAUUGCCUUUGCGGGUCGGCACUUGUACCCCUUUUAACUUGAGAUGUUGCAGGUGGGUGGGCACCUACAGCAUUUCCCUGUUUUUUGCAGCAUCUUGUUUCUUUGGCUUCCUGAGAAUCCAAAAUGGAGGACAUGCCUCAGAUCAAAAUCCCAAGAGUCAAAUUGGGCAGUCAGGGAUUGGAGGUUUCUAGAUUGGGCUUUGGAUGUGCAGGACUUUCUGGGAUCUAUAAUUCACCCCUCUCCCAUGAAGCUGGAUGUUCAGUUAUAAAGGAAGCUUUUUAUAAGGGUGUCACCCUCUUUGAUACAUCAGAUAUUUAUGGAGCAAAUCAUGACAAUGAGAUCAUGGUUGGAAAGGCUCUGAAGGAGCUCCCUCGGGAAGAAAUUCAAUUAGCUACAAAAUUUGGCCUUCAGGUGUUAGAGGUCGGUAAGGUUGUGAUAAAGGGUACCCCUGAAUAUGUUCGGGACUGCUGUGAAGCCAGUCUAAAGAGGCUUGGUGUGGACUACAUUGACCUUUACUAUCAGCAUCGUGUGGACAUGUCAGUCCCAAUAGAGGAUACAAUGGAGGAGCUUAAGAAGUUGGUGGAGGAGGGAAAGAUAAAAUACAUCGGUUUAUCUGAAGCUAGUGUAGACACAAUAAGGAGAGCCCAUGCAGUUCAUCCCAUCACUGCCUUACAAAUGGAGUAUUCUUUCUGGGCCCGUGAAAUUGAAGAAGAUAUAAUUCCACUCUGCCGAGAGCUUGGUAUUGGAAUAGUAGCAUAUAGCCCUCUUGGUCGUGGAUUCUUUGGUGGGAAGGCAGUUGUGGAGAGCUUGCCCACUCAGAGUAUCCUGACUAUGCAUCCAAGGUUCACUGGAGAGAAUUUAGAGAAGAACAAACUUAUAUAUGCCCGCCUUGAGAAACUGGCUGCAAAACAUGGCUGCACUCUUCCUCAACUUGCUCUGGCAUGGCUUUUCCAUCAGGGAGAUGACGUGGUUCCGAUCCCUGGGACAACCAAAGUUAAGAACCUUGACAAUAACAUUGGAUCCUUGGGAGUGAAGCUUACUGAGGAUGAUCUGAAAGAAAUUUGUGAUGCUGUGCCUCUUGAUGAAGUGAAUGGCAAUAGAGAUCUCAGCUUUUUAUUUGAGUACAAUUGGAAGUUAGCAGAUACCCCACCAAAAAAAUAGAAAAUUACUGAAGUACAAAGAAGAAGAUAUGGUGCAUGCCAAAGCCAGAGAUUGAACGAGUGCUUGUGUUGGUGUUAAGUAACAGGCAAGACAUUCCACUUUCUGAAAGAGUUCCCCUUAUAUUCCUGUAAAAAUUCAAACCAUGUAAGCAUUUUCAAUAUCAAUUAUGUGAAGUAUUAAAUCUGCUUCCCACCGCCA